UUAGACCCCUUUACAAUUUUCAAAAAAUCGAAAAUUUUUUUUUUGCUUUAAAAAAUAGUUUGAAGCCUCUAAAAUAACAUGCAAAAGGUCCGAAGUUAAAGUUCGAAUUAUUUCACGAGAUAUAGAGUCUACAACGGACUCCUGUACCUGCGCGUCAGCGCGUAACAAUAGACCGAGCGCGCCAGCAAUAGAAUGAGAUCGGCAGAUGAAAACAGGCUCAGUGCCCUUGAGGUCCCUAUGUGCCUAGAGUCCCCUCCACUACUUUCUAACGUAUUUUUCGACAGUUUAAAUCUCUACAGUCGUUAGUCAUACAUCGACGACGAAGCACGUGUACGAAAUGGAUCAGCAAAAAAGAAUUAAUCGAAAAGGUUCAAGAUCUAUAUUAGGACGUGCUAGCAGACCUAAAAAACGACCAACUCCGCCAAAUCGUCAUUCCUUUGGUGAAACGAGUUCUUCCGCGAAAAAACUAAAACAUUCUGACGAGGAAGUACCGAUAAGUGCGACGCAUGGAUAUCGAAUAAUUAGUUUUGUGGCGAUAUUUUCGAGUUUGAGCGAAAUGUUGAAAUGUAAAACAUGUAAUGGCAAUAUAAAUUUCUCUGAAUCGAAUAUUUGCGGACUUGGAUUUAAAUUGGUUGUAAAUUGUGACAAUUGUGAACCGCGGUAUAUAAAUUCGUGCCCGCUUAUUAAAAACGCGUAUGAAAUUAAUAGACGGAUUGUAUUUGUUAUGAGACUUCUCGGAAUUGGUUAUGAUGGAGUAAAAAAGUUUUGCGGUCUAAUGGACAUUUCAAAAAUGUUUACCAAAAAUGUAUAUUAUGACAUUUUAGAAAAUAUACAUAUCGCGUCGAAAGCUGUCACCUCUAUAUUAUUUUCUGAAGCUGCUUGUGAAGAAAAACUGUUAACAGCACAAGCAGAAAAUACAUCUGAACUGGCAGGAUUAUAUGUUUCUGGUGACGGAACAUGGAGAAAGCGAGGUUUUUCGUCCUUACAAGGUGUCGUGUCGCUAAUUGGUAUACAUUCUGGCAAAGUUUUAGACAUUAUCGUAAAAUCAUUAUAUUGCAAGGGUUGCGAAUAUGGAAAAAAAAUUGAGAAUACACAGGAAUUCGAAACGUGGGAGGAAUCACAUAAGGAUACGUGCUCAAUUACUCACGAAGGAAACGCGGGAAAAAUGGAAGUAGACGGAGCGGUAGAAAUGUUCGCAAGAUCUGAGGAAUUACAUGGCGUGAAAUAUACAUCAUACAUCGGCGACGGUGACUGUAAGACAUAUAAAGGAAUUGUUGAAUCUCGACCUUACGGAGAUGAUGUCUUGAUCAAUAAAAAAGAAUGUGUCGGUCACGUUCAAAAACGAAUGGGUGCACGGCUCCGUAAAGUAAAGAAAGACACGAAAGGAUUAGGAGGAAAAGGGAAAUUAACAGCUAAAUUGAUAGACGAAUUGAGCGUGUAUUAUGGAUUGGCUAUCAGGAGACAUAAGGAUUCAAAAGAAGAAAUGAAAACAGCAAUAUGGGCUACGCUUAAACACAAAUGUUCUACCGACAAUAAUCCGCAGCACGACAACUGUCCUCCUGGGCCAAAUAGUUGGUGCACCUGGCAAGUGGCCAAGGCGAACAAUAAACUAACAGAAUAUGUUCAUAAACCAGCUCUACAUCAAGAUGUCAUAAAAGCAAUCACCCCUAUCUAUGAAGAACUGAGCAGGGAUGAUUUGCUAGAGCGUUGUGUGGGUGGUUACACUCAAAAUAAUAACGAAAGCCUUAACGGAUUAAUUUGGUCCUUUGCUCCCAAAAAAUUAUUCAGUGGCUUAAAAACCGUGGAAAUAGCUACAAAUAUUGCCGCCAGCAUAUUCAAUAAAGGCUAUGCAAGCAUUAUUUUAAUGAUGAACAUAAUGCACAUUACUAUCGGUCCGAUUACAAAUAGCAUUUGUGAAACUCUGGACGAGAGACGGAUUUCGAUCGCCGAGGCGCGAAUGUUGCAAAUGUCUAAAGAAAGCCGAACUGCGCGCAGACAAGAAAGAAUGUCCAUUCAGGAUUCCCUGUGCGAGAAGAAGAAUUUAUAUUACGAAGCAGGAAUGGCAGAUUAGCGACAAGCCAAAAUGGCGGAAUUAGGUACACCAGUUGACCGCGCAAAAAAAACACGUUUUAGUAAUAAAUUUAUAACUCCUAUAAUUAUUAAUAUUUUUAAUUGUAAUUUUAUAUCUUAUAUGUUUAUUGUAUACUUAGAUCAUAUGCCAAAUAGCAACUUCGUAGUUUUUAUAGUUCUCCGUUAAUCAACGUUCAAAAAACACCUAUUUUUUAAGCCCGUCAAGGGGGUCUAACCCCUUAAUAGCUCAUUUUUUAGUCACAAAACAUUUUUUACUCACUUUUAUACAAAGAAUCUCGUGUAUUUUGUGUUAGGUAUUUUUGUUACACCCUGUAUAUUAAAUAAUAAUAAUAAUAUAAUAUAUAUUAUAUUAUACAUUAAUAUAUUAUAUUAGAAUAUGUAAAUAUUGUAAACAAGAAAGCGAAGCCAUCUCAAGGGAUGGCACAGUCUUAGUGGGUUCAAAUUUAAUACAACUCGAGGUUAACUCAUAGUGAAGAUGGUGAUGUAAAAAUAAUUUGUAAAUGUUAUUGUGCCGCUUUCGAGUUACACAGCGAACAAACAGACAGACACACCAAACAAAUUUAUUAUAAUAGAUAUGUGUAAUAUGUGUAUAUAUACGUUUUGCAAAAUGUA